AUGGAGUAUAACAACGUGGAAGCUGACUGGUAUCAAGAAGCUAAUCCUAGCCGACAAAACCCUACAAACAACAUGAACCAACUGAUGUACCCGUUGGAGGUUUAUGUUCCCCGGGACGGCUUCAUUGACCCAACUCUACCAAUGUUCAAGGAGCAGAUGCCCGACAAUAUUGGAGACUAUCACCUUUCCCAUGGACAUUGCGCCCGUUGUUUGACUAUAUUCGCGGGUCAUGACCGCCAGACUUUGGCCCGCCGAAGCCCACUGGCCUGCAGUAAGGCUUGCGGAUUCUGUGGGACCAUGAAUCACCAAGGAAUGAUCUGUCCAGAUCUGUAUGUUACAAUGCGCUAUGCGAAAAAUCGUUUAGGAUUCAAUCGCAACGAGCCCAUCCCAAACAUAACCCAGAUUAGGCCUAGCAAGAAAGAUCUUGUUGUUCUUAAAGCAGCUGGGUACAUUCAUACAACCGGGCCAGACGUUAGGCUCGACGGGCUACCGAACUUCACGACCUUGGCAUGGAGCUCCCGCGGGCUCACUGAAUCCCCGGAACCUGCCCGCAUGAUUUAUCACCCCAAACACGAUUAUAUUGUUGAGAGAUAUCAUGCCUUGGAGGCGACAGUCAGCCAAGCUGAGUCUGACAGAGAUCGGCAACACCAGACUCAGAACACGGUACAUCAGACCCGGAGAACAGGUCACGGCGAUCACAGUCAUACCCAACGCUCAGAAUUCUUUACCCACGAUAUGGAGCCAACUCUCUUCCAGGAUGGUUCAACUACUACUAAGAAUCGCGCCCAAACGCAACAGCACAGAGAUCCCACGCAGAUGUACGGCCAGAUGCAACAUCAAGAAACAGCAUUCCGUAGGUCCGGUGCAAUGCAACCUGAUUUGGGCAUUCAAUUCCCAGUGGACCCUGAGCCGACCAGGGUUUCAGGCACUAGAGAGAAUCGCCGGAUUGCAUUGCCUACGUCUCGACUUCAUGCAGGGUCAGAAAUCUCGCAGCAUCAUAGCGACGGAGCCCUGGAGCAUUAUGACGAACCCCCUCGGCAGCGGCGUCGUAUGGAGCUCCCACGGCAAGAAAAUGAUAUUCUUCGGCACCGUCAGGAUCGCCAAGCAUAUGAACAUGGACGAGGCUAUGGGCUUGUUGACGAAACUGGGCUUGAAAACGGGUGGGGUCAUCAGCCUUCCCGUAUAAGCACCAAUUCCCAGUCUUCGUGGGUCCCUAGACACGACGAUCAUUCCCGUUCCACUACUUUCGGCUUCGAACCACCAAAUGAUGUUCCCCGCUACUCUGGUCGCACGCGCCGGCCUGUUGACGAGCACUUUUCGGACAUGACUCAUGCUCAACAUGCCAUCGGCCGAUCUGGAUUUGGGACUACUGCCCCUAGCAUGCAGCAAGUUCGCCUUGGGAGUCGUGGUGGCUCUGGCAACAGCAGCAGUGGCGAAUUUCCAAUCAAUCCACCUUCACACUUUCAAUCCGGGUACGCGGCUGGUCGUCGAGCUUGAGAAGGGUCUGAUAUGUUGUAUUUCGAUAAGACCUGUCGUCGUGCUAGGCUACCCGGACUCUGGAGACGUCUCUUUAGUAAGCUUGGUUCGCCUGGCAGAGAUGCGAUGAUCAUACAAU